AUGAAUCUCUCGCAUUUUCCCAUCUCUUUCCUUUCUUUUUCUCUUUAUCUCUCGCUUCAGUUUACUUUUUAUAAUUCUUCAUACUUUAUUAGUAUUAAUGCUCUUCUUCUUCUUUGUUGUUCUAUUCUUCUUUCUUUUCUUUGUUUUUUUUUUCUUUACUGUCUUCGUCAUUUUCGUUUUUCUUUUUCUUCUUCUUCUCAUCUAUUUCGGCAAACUUUUUUGUUCCUGUUCUUCGUCGUCUUCUUCCUUGUUCUCCUUCUUGUUCUUUUAUUCUUACAUAUUUUUUCCUUGUCUUGUUAUUUUUAUUAUUCUUGUUCUUUUUCCUCCUCCUCCUCCUCUUCUAACCUGUUUAUUUUACCUUGUCUUAAUGUUGUUGCUGUUCUUGCUCUUCCUCCUCCUCCUCUUCUUCUUCUUUUUCUUCUUCUAACCUGUUUAUUUUACCUUGUCUUAGUGUUGUUGCUGUUGUUGCUCUUCUUAUUAUUGACGCCUGCAACUCUUUCUAUUCUUGUUCGGCUUCUUCGUCGGCUUCUUCUUUGUUCUUGUUCAUCUUCUUUUAUUUUUAUAUCUUUUUCCCUGGUCUUACUUGUUGUUGUUGUUGUUGUUCUUCUUCUUCUUCUUCUUCUUCUAAUCAAUUAUUUCAUUUAUACUCUUCUUACUGGUUGUUUGUUUUUACUCUUAUUCAUCGUCGUCUUCUUCCUUGUUCUUGUUCGUUUUUUUGUUCUUUUUCUUGUUCUUGUUCGUUUUUUGUUCUUUUUCUUGUUCGUGUUCUUGCCCUUUUUAAUACUAUUUUUAUUUUCAUAUCUUCAUUCUGAUUUUGUUGCUGUUGUUUGUUGUUGUUGUUGUUGUUGUUGUUCUUCUUCUUCUUCUUCUUCUUCUUCUUCUUCUUCUUCUUCUUCUUCUCUUCCUCCUCUUCCUCUUUCAAAUAGUCACAUCGAUCGGAGAGUAACAAAUGUAUUUCUAUCUAUCUAUCUAUCUAUCUAUCUAUCUAUCUAUCUAUCUAAGUCUGUUCCUUAUCUAUCUAUCUAUCUAUUGACGUGUCAAAUAGAACUUGUAGUUCUCUCUCUCUCUCUCUCUCUCUCUUUCUCCUCUCUCAGUAAUACUCUCUCUCUCUCUCUCUCUCUCUCUCUCUCUCUCUCUCUCUCUCUCGCUCUCUCUCUCUCUCUCUCUUUCCUCCUCUUCUCUUAG